UUCUUCGAUUUACUUCAUAAAACAGGGUCUCAGCUUCGCAAAUAAGUCUUAACAUCAAAUGCUUAAUUUGUGUUCAUAAAAUAGUUUUAAAUGAUGUCGGAGUGAUUCUGGGUGUUGAGGCGCGUCGGRACCAGCCAGCAGAGCUGAAAGAAAAGGAUCAACAUGAUGAUGUUUGUGACCUUCAGCCUAAUUAAUUUMUCUUUCAACAUUCGGACUGUGGUGAGCAGCUUCCUCAGCCUAUCGCCGUGGGAGCAGCGCUCCGAAAACUCCGCAGCUGUGCGCCGAUUGGUCCGAACCUCUCGAAAGAUCUGCUCGAAGUUCGAGCCGUCGAACCCGUCCUAUCAGAACAGACCGGCUCGGGAUGGGUUUACGGUCCUUUCUGCUUGACAUGGGUGAGCAAACACUGCGGAMCUGUCUGUUAGUGUGACUGAAGCCCCCCAGAGAGCAGUCAAAAAAUCCGGAUUAUGUGAGACGGAGUGGUCCUUCAGUGUGCAGGAGGAUCAGAGACCAGCAUCAGGAUGGGAGGUGGAGGUCAGCAGGGCGAGCCGGGCAGCGGGAAGGCUGCAGGUGUUUACACCUGGGAGGAGGUCCAGAAGCACAGCAGCAGGAACGACCGGUGGCUGGUCAUCAACAGGAAGGUUUACAACAUCACUCAGUGGGCCAAGAGGCACCCAGGGGGGUCUCAUGUCAUCGGCCACUAUGGAGGAGAGGAUGCUACGGAGGCGUUCGCUGCUUUUCAUCCUGACCAAAACUUUGCGCAAAAGUUUCUGAAGCCGCUGCUGAUUGGAGAGUUGGCAGCAACAGAACCGAGUCAGGACAGGGAAAAAAGUGCGAGAAUCAUACAGGAUUUUGAGAGUUUACGAGUUCAGGUGGAGAAGGCGGGUCUUUUUCGAGCUCAGCCUCUGUUCUUCUGCCUCCACCUGGGUCACAUCCUGCUGCUGGAGGCCCUCGCCUGGUUGAUGGUUUCACACUGGGGGACUAGCUGGAUGCUGACGUUGCUGUGUGCGGUGAUGCUGGCAACCUCACAGUCUCAGGCCGGCUGGCUGCAGCACGACUUUGGUCACCUUUCUGUCUUCAAGAAGUCCAAGUGGAAUCACCUGGUGCACAAGUUUGUCAUUGGACAUUUGAAGGGAGCCGCAGCCAGCUGGUGGAAUCAUCUACAUUUCAAUCAUCACGCCAAACCAAACAUCCUGAGUAAAGAUCCGGACGUCAACAUGUCGGGCAUCUUUGUUCUUGGAGCUGUUCAACCUGUGGAGUACGGCAUUAAAAAGAUCAAGCAYUUGCCCUAUAAUCGCCAACAUCAGUACUUCUUUCUCGUGGGACCACCGCUGCUCAUUCCAAUUGUCUUCAACCUUCAGGUGUUGCAUGUCAUGAUUUCUCGCCGCAACUGGGUGGACCUGGCUUGGUAUUUGUCUUUUUACUGCCGCUACUUCUACUGUUAUGUCCCGCUGUACGGCCUGCUGGGCUCGCUGGCGCUCAUCCUCUUUGUCAGGUUCUUGGAGAGCCACUGGUUUGUGUGGGUGACUCAGAUGAACCAUCUUCCAAUGAAUAUUGAUUAUGAGCAGCGCCAGGACUGGCUGACCAUGCAGCUACAAGCAACAUGCAAUAUCGAGCAGUCCUUCUUCAAUGACUGGUUCAGUGGACAUCUCAACUUUCAAAUUGAACACCAUUUGUUUCCGAGGAUGCCGCGACACAACUACCACCUGGUGGCUCCGCAGGUUCGCGCUCUGUGUGAGAAACAUGGGAUUCCUUAUCAGGUGAAAACUUUGUGGCGAGGCAUGGCUGACGUUGUCAGAUCAUUAAAAACCUCGGGGGAUCUCUGGCUCGAUGCUUAUCUUCAUAAAUGAUGAGAUGUUUGAAGGAUGUUUUACUUCAAAAGUGUUAAAUUAUUAAAUUCAGCUGAAAAUGUUGGAAUGUUUUACUUUUAAGAAGCUGAAGGUAACCAAUUGGUUAAUCUUAGUGAAUUUUACAGUAUCCUGAUCAACACAAAUCUGGURUUUUAUGUAAUUCAUCAUUUAACAACAGUUUCAUUCAUUACAAAUUGUCAGUUCUUGAUAAACUUUCAGUAACGAUGCAGUAUUUUCUCCUGAAACUUAUGUAUGUAUGAAUACAUUUUAAAUGUUUGAUUUUUCUGUAAAAAGAGGAAUUUUUUUAACUGAAACCAGAAACAAUGAGUUUUAAAAUAUUUCCUAAGUUAGUUUGUGUGUUUCCAGCUGGUCUUAAGGGAUUAUUCUAACUUUGUGGGGGAUUUGGCAAAUAAAAAAAAUCUUGCUUGUGUAAAUGUGUUUGCGAAACAUGAAAGAAUUUUCAAGAAAUAAAACUGUGACAUUUUCCUUGUUGUAAAAACCUCGAGAGACUCACUUAAACAGCAGCAGACUGACUGAGGUGCUCUGCCUCUGUUUUUUUAAUAAAUUCAAAUGUUUCAGUCUUUCUCUGCUUUAUGAAUAUUAUACAGAUUAUAAAUCUGGACUAAAUAUGCUGCACACAAAUUAAAAUAAACAACAUCUGUUUCAGACUGAAA